AUGUGCUUGUUAAAUGAUAAACACAGGUCUUUCUAUAAAAGAUCAAAAUGGCAUGGUAGAGGAGGAAGAUACAGCAGAAAGGGUGGUGGUGGUGGAAAUUCUAGGUCCAGACUUGAUGAUGAUUAUCCUAUGGAUGAUGGAUUACCAGGAUCAUCAGAUCAAAGACAUUCUCCCUACCAUAAAAAUCGGAGGAAUGCAAAACGAUUAAGACGGCAACAAAAUAAACUUUUAGAAAUGGACAAAAUUCAAUCUGGUGAUAGAGUAAAACGUCUUGGUUUACCAGUCCGUAAUAGUCGGAAUUCAGAAAACUGGUACAAAGUAAAGGUUCCUUUUGGUCAGAAAUUUGACAAGAAAGUCCUUUUUCAGAAAAUUGAAAAAGAGAUCAACAUGCCAUUCCAAGCAAUCCGUUACCAAAGUGAGAAUGAACAUUCAAUAUUCCACGUUCAAGACAAACGUACUGCAGAGGCAAUAAGAGCAGCUGACAAAAAGAUUUUAAUGCCAAAUGGAUACAAGUUAGUGUUAAUUGUAAAGCCUUGCAAUUCUCCGUUGUUGUCAUUAGAUGCCAAUGCCGUGAGUGAACUCAAAACCUGCAUGAGUGAAAGAUAUGAUUCUUCAACCAAAACCUUGAAUUUAAGUAACAUUUAUCAGUCCCAAUCAUUGCAACAAAAGAAAUUAUUUUUGGUUUUGAACCGUCCACAAGUUUUUAGCCAUGUUGUGAGCAUCAUUAAAGAAAAUAUCCCUGAAUUGGUAUCAUUAGAUUUAAGCAGCAACAGACUUAUGACCUUGGAUUCCCUGGCAACCCUGGUCCCUGAAACUCCAAACUUAAAACAUUUAAAUCUUGGCAAAAAUAUGCUGAAAACCAUUGAAGAACUUGAGAAAAUCAAAGGCUGGAAGCUGGAUGACUUAAUACUGGAGGGCAAUGACUUAUGUGAUAGGUUUAAAGAACAGUCUGACUAUAUCAGGGCUGUAAGGAAAAAAUAUCCCAAAGUCCUCAGAUUGGAUGGGCAUGAACUUCCUCCUCCUAUUGUAUUUGAUUUGGAAUCUGCCACUGAUCUGCCCCCAUCAAAGGGGAAUUAUUUUCUGAAUACUGAUGUCCAAACAUUACUUGUCAAAUUCAUUAAACAAUAUUACUUGAUUUAUGAUUCAGACAACAGGCAAGCUUUGAUUGAUGCCUAUCACGAUCAGGCAAUGUUCUCCUAUGCUUGCAACUUCAACCGUGUUCUUGGAAAACAACCAUCUUUAACAGAUUAUAUCUCUGACAGCAGAAAUUUGCUGAAAAUAAAUGAUGCUCGUCGUGAAAAACUAUUAAAAAUUGGUAGAGUGAAAGUUGUCUCUCAGCUAAGGUUACUGCCUAGUACUCAACAUGAUUUAAACUCAUUGCGUUUGGAUGUUCAGCAUUUGUCAAGCAAUUUACUGAUAUUCAGUGUUUUUGGAAUUUUUAAAGAAACUUCCAAAGUUGAUCCUCCAAUCCGUGCAUUCAGUCGCUGCUUUAUCACCACUCCUAUGGGCCAAGGAAUUGUGAUCAUAAAUGAUAUGCUGACUAUAACAAAUGCAACACAAGAACAAAUUCAAUCUGCUUUCAAGACUCCUGCACCAACACCUUCAUCUAGUCCAACUCAAGGGGGAAGUGGUAUUGUUGAACCAUCUACAUCCAAUGUAUUAGAAACUCCAGGCCUCACAGGGGCAAACCUGACAGAUACCCAGCAGCAAAUGGUUGUUCAGUUCUCAGCACAGUCUGGAAUGAAUGCUGAGUACUCAUUUCAAUGUUUACUACAAAAUGAAUGGAAUUAUGACAAAUCUGCCCAAAUAUUCAUGGAUUUAAAGGCCCAAGGCAAAAUUCCUGACCAAGCUUUCCUUCGAUGA